CUGAAUUGGCUGACAGCAAUGUCGCCGUGACAUGUUACCUUGUAGCCACUUUUGGCGUGACUGCAACCUCUUCACAGAAGAGGCUCGACCGGUCAUUCAUAGUUAUCAUCCUCUUGAGUUUCCAUUUAACUAUCAAAUCCGUGCUGCCGCUCAUAAUCUAAUAUCGACGGUCCAGUUAAAGUCUGGUAACGUCACCUCAUUGCCACUGCCUUAUGUUGUAUGGUGGAAUCCUCCUGGACCAAUUCAUCGGGUCCAAUUGGCUGUGUAUCAUCAACACCAACAGCAGCAGCACAUCCAACAGCAAUUUUUAUCUUAUCAACUACAGCAAAAUCAUAACCAGCAUCAACCACCUUUUACACGUUACCAUUGGAACUCUUUUAACGCAACUGAUCAUUUUGAUAACCGAUAUCACCUUCGUUCGCGUUCAUUUUUUACACAUCAUCUCGAGGGACAACCACAAGCUCAACGUGGGAUGGAAACGAGGUAAGCAAUUGUACCAAGUUCCCGUGGGUGAAAGAAAAAUUCUUUAGUAAAAG